AUGGCCACGGUUGCUGUCGCUGCUUCGUCCGCUAGCGUUACCCUGAAACUUUCAGCGUCGCGGAAUGGGGUCGUGUCCUCUCGAACUCCUGCUUUAGCCUCGUUCUCCAGACACUCCAGGACAAGUGUUGCGGGGAAACGCAAGCUCGCGGUGAAGGCCACUUCGCCUCAAGUGGAGGAGUACAAGGAGAAGGCAACUGAACUCGUCGACGUUGCGAAAUCCAAGUGGGAUACAGUUGAGAACAAGCCUCUGGUGGCUCUGUAUGCUGGUGGAGCCGUUGUUGGUUUGUGGAUAACAUCUGCAAUCCUGGGUGCCAUCGACAGCAUCCCGCUGGUUCCAGGCUUCUUGAAGCUCAUUGGAACCGUCUACACUGGAUGGUUCGCCUACCGCUACUUGAUUUUCGAGGCUUCCCGUAAAGAGCUUUCGGACAAGGUGGCGGAUCUGAUCUCCCAGAUUAAGUGA